AGUAAUAUUUUUCUCGCAUGCGGCGUGAUGUCUGCUUCAACGAAAUCCUCGAUCAAAUGUCAAGCGAUAGAACACAUCAGGGGAUAUGGCAGUCCAAAGACAUGGAAUGUGCGUUUUAGUAAAGAUCAUGGUGUUGCUGUUGUAAAUUGUGGCUCAGAUUCUCUCUUCAUAUACGACAAAGAGAGUAAAAAAUUGGGUACUCUUAAAUUUCCUGGCCAGUGUCACUGCCAUGACCUAGUGUCCCACCAAGGUCUGUGUUCGUUAGUGUGUGGACUCCAAGACGGAAGAAUCUUCAGCUGCAGUCUGCAGGAAUGGUGCCACCAGAAAAAGAAGAAGAAACAUAAAAGCAAGUCCAAGAACAAGGCUGAAAGUACAAGCUCAGAAAGCAAGGCAGCCGUUGCAGGUGAUAAUAACCAAGGUCUGAAUGAGGGAAAGAGAAGAUUGGAUGGAGAGGAGAAAAGGUUAGAUGGAGAGGAUGACAUCUUUAGAGACCUACUAGGAGGAGGUGAUAGGUCUAGUUCUGCAACCAAAGAUUCCAGCAAGAAUGCAACAAACAUUCUCUUCCAAGAAUUCAUGCAAGCCGUUGAUCCAGUCACCAAGGUUGAUGAGCAGAAGAUCAUGCUGCGAGUUGACAACCUGGAAAGCUUUGUGAUGGUCAGUGACAGCCUGGUAACCUGCAGCAGGGAAGGGAUCGGAUGGAGGGUUUCCGUUCAUCCCUGUCAACUGAACAAGGAUUCUUUCACCUGUGACAAGAAUCCCCUGUACUCUACCCUCAUCUUUGGUGCUGAUGACACCAGCACUUGCAGACAAGCUUCAUUCCAGAAUCCAGGAAUUGAAACCAAGGAUGAAGUAGAGGCAACAGUUGGUGUUGGUGUGUAUGGACUGAUGUCAUCCAGUUCCCAUGGCAACUCGGGUGUGGUGAUGCAGUCCUGCAGCAUUCUUGUGACAUCGGAUGCCCUCUUCAACGCCAUGUGGGGGUCAGAAGCCAAUCUGGUUGACUCACCAGUUAUCGUCAUCACCUUGCCAGAUGGUUGUGUGUAUUCUAUCACCUUGAAAAGUUUCCUAUCAACAUCCUUUACGUCAGCAAAAGGUAUCAGACUUUUAUGUCGCUCCUUAGAAGCAAUUAUUCAGGUCUGCAUCACCAGCUACAGUAUCCAGUCUAAUCCGGCGGGAUCCAGUUUGAACUGCCUUGUACUGGUUGGUGCUGGUGGACAGCUCAUGACUUUUUAUGGAGAUCCAUCUGAUAGCAAUAGCACUGAAAUCAGUAGACUUCACACAAGUUCACCCAUUGCAGCUGCUCUUGUGACAAAGGACACUCUUAUAUGCACCUCAAACUUUGACCUUAAGUUCAUAACCUUUUAUCUUAGAGAUACUGUUCUGCAGAUGUCUAUGAACAGUUGCAGCAUGCCCGGUAUAGCAUCAGUUGCACUUUUGAAAGGUACCAGCUCUUCUUACAAAUUCCUAGCCAUCAAGAAAAAUGGAACAGUACUCCAGCUGUUACUUCCAUCAGAACACACUGCCGACUCAGAUCAAGCAGGCAUCAGCUCCACAGCAGCCAGACAGCGAGUUCAUGAGGCUCUUCGCAACAUGCGGGAGGUGUCGUCCAAGAUGGCUGCCCUCACUCAAUUGGGCAGCAGGCAGAGGGCAGUCCUUGAAGAACUCAGUAGUGCCCACCACAUCGUCUGUCAAACCUGGGAGGCAUUGGGUGCCUUUGAACUUGAGACCAGAGUGGAAUGCAUCCUUGAGAAUGGACAGAAGAGCACUAAAGUAUCUUGCAAAGUGACGAACUGUACCUCUUGGACAAUAUCACAUGGUUGGACCCUGAUUGGUACGCUGCUGAAUGAUUGCCAAGAAAGGUCAAAGGUCAACAGGACUAAGUAUCACAGGACUAAGAGUACUCCGCUUGUAGGGUUUGCGCCAAAGACUGCUGUGAUGCUUAGUUUUGUAUUGGAUGAAUCAGGAUAUGCAGAGUCCUGGCCACUGACUGUGCAAUGUUCCCUCUGCUUCGAUCUCUCUGCUCUCCUUGAGGAUACCCUGGUGAAGGAAGACCUUGGCAAAGCUACAGAGAGUUCUGUUGCAUUGGAUAAAGGGGUGAAAGGUGCUGUGUUCCCCAUCGGAAGCUCUGAGGUAGAUGUCCUGGAUUCACUUCAGGAGAGAGCGCGAUGCUCUACAGGGUUAGAGAGAAGGAAUCAAAGGCAUGACUGGACCAAAGCAAUCUUGAGUAGAUCAUCAGGAAGUUCAAACCCUCAUCAGCAAGAGUCUGCUGCAUCUCAAAGCCAGAUGGCCUCUGCGACCAUUAGGCUGGAUAGGAAUCUACUGUCGAGACCCUCUAAUGACAGCAGCAGGGUCUCGACAGAUCAGGUGCUCCAAUGGCUGUUGCCUAGCAACAAGUCAGUAGUAAUCAAAGACUCCUGCAUCAAAGCAGUGACCCCUUGUGGUUGUCAAGUCUCAAUUCAGGCUCUGGAGCAGAAUGCUGAGGUGUCACUUCAGAUCACUUCAUCAGACGAGAAGAUAACAAGAGCAGUGAUCGAGGCAAUUCAUAGAAGAAUAAAGAAUUCCAAACUUGUGUCAGCUGAAUUCAGGGUGGACCUUGAGAAAACGAAGAAAGAAGCUUCUUCUGUCGAGAUUCACCUUGGGAAGCUGCUGUCAAUUAGCGAUCAACUCACCUCUGCUAAAUCAAGAGAAGACCUUACCAUCCUAGCCAAGGAACUGAUGCAUCUCCAUGGUAACAUGAGAAGCCAGAUAACAAUACAUUGACCACAACCAAACAGACCAGGGUCUCAUCACCCAAGACAAGGAGUAAAAAAAGGUCUACGGAAUGGACUAUCGACUAUUUUUUCCAGAUAAAAUUGCAUUACACAUAGUGAACUAGAGAUCUCAUAUUUGAAGACUGUCUCACAACUCAAGGGCCCGUAUUCUGAUAGCAGGUUUAACUUAACCCUAGUCUAAAGUUAACCCUGGUUUAACUAAACCUCCUCUAAACCUCACCUCUGGUCUAAGUGUAGUUUAAUUAUUUUGGUAUUCUGAUAGCCAGGUUUAACUAAACCUGGGUUAAACCCGGGUUUAAAUUCUUUUUGGAAAUAAUAAUCCUCUUUUAACCAAGACUAGCACCUUUUUGGUAAAUUAGUGCUGCAGGGAUGACUGCAACAAAGUUGAAAAAAUGUCACUAAAGUUGUUUUUUCUUAAAAAUUUGGAUUUUAUGGAAACUAAUUACAACUAUUGUAGUGAAAGAAAAGCAUUCAUCACCCAUAUAUGGUAAGAAAUUUUCAUUCAGAUUAUCUUUAUAUUUUUUAAUUACUAAAACAUUUCAAUCCCAAGGCCAAACCGAGUGACCUGCAUAGUUUUGUGUGUAUCAGUCCCAUUGAUUGCUUUUCAUGUUUGUCAAAAUCUAAAUUGAAUAGAUUCACCUCACCCACUCUAGACUAGAGUCUAGACUCUAGUCCUAUAGAUCUAAAACAAUAAGUUAAGAGGUCGACAUCUUUAUUCUAACUUUAUGUAAGGGGAAAUUUUUGUAACUUUUGAGAGUAGUCUUGGGUCUAACAUUAGGCCUAGGCUAGUAUAGUUAGAUCUAGCUUAGGCCCAAUUGUUUGGAGGAGAAUUGAACAUUGUUUUGACUUUUUUUACUUUCCUGAAGCAAACCGUAGUCUAGUGGAGCAACCGAGACUGAAGCUACAUUAUACAUAUUUAUAGUAUUGGUCUAGGCCUAGAACAUCAUUCAGGAAUUAGGCUGGCUUAGCCUUGGGACAGGGAUAGAUAUAGAUCUAUAUUCUAACCUUAUUCUUAGUUAGAAUCUAGUAGAAUAGAUCUGAUUUGUCUUAGACAAAAAGCUUCAGUCUCUGUAUUGUUCCGCUGAGUCUAUGAUGAGUAUGACAGUCUACGUUGCCGUUGGCCUCUCUCACCAAGGCAAUGUGAUAUGACAAUAAAAUGUCAGAAUUUUUUCAAUAAAUCCCCAGAAACGACGGUUAUUCCUGUCUACAGUGUUAGAUCCGACUAUCGCUAUGCAUUGCCAUUGCUUGCCAAGUAACUAGGCCUGGCUAAAUGACAUCUCUCUACUCCUGUUUUAGGUCCAUAUCUGUUUCUUUGAAGAGUUUUUAUUUUAUUUAAAUAUUUUUGGGGACUUGUUUAGGUUUCCAGGUCCAGGACUAAAAAACAGGCCUAAACCUAGACCAACAACAGCUUAGUCUUGACUAGACUGGGCCAGGCCUAGAUUUAUGUAAGAAUUUAGAUCUAGGCCUUACGUUAGUCUGUGCUAUCUAGUCUACUGACUUACUGUAUGAUCUAGAAUCUCUAACGCUGGCCUAGUUCUAGACUAAAUAACUUAGACCCUAUCUAGAUCUAGAACUAGAUCUGUAUCAAUCUAGGUCUACAUGUAAUAGGUCUAGAUCUAGAGAUUUGUAGACUCUCAAUUUAGAUUCUAAAUCGAAAAAUAGUAAAUGUAGGCUAGUCUACAGUAGAUCUACUCAUCUAACCUUAGGCAUGACAAAAGAAGUAGGCUAGAGAUCUAACGGAUUAUUACUAGAUCUAAAGAAUCUAGAUCUAGGCCUAGAUCUAAAGCUAGGGACUGUAGUUCGAGAUCUAGAGGUCUAGCACCCCCCUUAAAACUAGAACUAAGCCUACAGCUACAUGUAGUUCUCUAUGUAGCCAAACAACAGUUAGCAUUGACUAUUGUCUUAAUCUUAUUUUGGUGUGUGUAGUUACCAUACAAACACAUAUUUUGAUGAAUGAGAAAAUGUGUCUUGCAGAUUAUUUUACCUCAAAACCUAUGUGUUCUAAAUUUCAUGAGCAUAGGCCUAUGUCAUAAAAUGAAGAAGUUCAAUCCACGAGAUGUGUUUACACAUUUAUUGAUUUAAUAUGAUGUUACCAUGGCAACAAAGUUUCCAACACACACAAAUAUAUGUCUUGCAGAUCUAUACCUCAAAACCAAUGUGUGAGCCGACUUUUAUAAGAAUUGGUUGAAAAAUGAAAACUAAUGAAGGAGUUCAAACCGCAAGAUUUUCACCUAAUUUCAUUAUGUAAUAUGUUGUUACCAUGGCAACACGAUUUCUGAUACACCCAAAUAUAUGUCUUGCAGAUCUAUACCUCAAAACCAAUGUGUGAGCCAACUUUUAUAAGAAUUGGUUGAAAAAUGAAAACUAAUGAAGGAGUUCGAACUACAAAAUUUUCACCUUAUUUUCGUUAUAUAAUAUGUUGUUACCAUGGCAACACGAUUCUGAUACAGGCAAAAAUAUGUCAGACAUCUUCACCUCAACAUUAAUGUAUGUGCCAAAUUUUUAAGAGAAUUGACCAGUUGGAAACUGAUAAAGUAGUUCAAAUCACAAGAUUUUCAUCUAAUUUUUAUAUUUGAUUUGUUACCAUGGCAACGUGAUUUUUUUUUAUAAAGACAUAAAAUAUUUUUUGCACAUCUUCACAGCAAGACUAAUGUUUGUACCACAUUUCAUGAGAAUUGGUUAAAACUUAGGAAGUAGUUGGAAUUGCAAGAUUUUUACAUAGUUUUUGCCAUAAUAUACCGUUUCCAUGGCAACACAAUUUCCAACACAUGCAAAAAUGUGUCUUGCAAAUCUUCACCUCAAGACUUAUGUCUGUGCCAAAUAUCAUGCGAAAUGGUUUGAAAAUUAUAAAGUAAUUAAAACCACAAGUUUUUCACCUAAUUUUCGAUAUUUGAUAUAUUACCAUGGCAACGCGAUUUUUUAUAUACUUUAGGCAUAGAAUAUGUUUUGCACAUCUUCACAUUAAGACUAAUGUAUGUGCCAAAUUUCACGAGAAUUGGUUAAAAACUGAGGAAGUAGUUGGAACAGCAAGAUUCAUGCUUAGUUUUUGUCAUACUAUACCGUUACCAUGGCAACACAAUUUCCGACACAUGCAAAAAUUAGUCUUGCACAUCUUUACCUCAAAAUCAAUGUGUUAGCCAACUUUCUUGAGAAUUGGUAGAAAACUGAUUAAGUAUUUUAAACGGCAAAAUUUUGAACCAUAAUAUACUGUUACCAUGGCAACACAAUUUCCGAAAAAGGGGGAAAAAAAUUCUUACACCUCCUUACCUUGAGACCAAAGUGUGUUCCAAAUUUCAUGAGAAUCUGUUAAAAACUGAGGAAGUAGCUCGAAAUGCAAUAUAGGCAUAAAUUCUAAAAAAUUGUUGGCCAUGAUUUGUUGGAUUUAAACCAGGCUUAAACUACCCCCUGCGCGAGUUUAACUUUUUGAGGAUUUAUUACCACACUUAGACCAGGGUUAACUUAAACCUUGCUAUCGGAAUACGAAAUUUAAACCUAGGUUUAAAUAUGGCAGUUUAUUACCACACUUAGACUAGGGUUAAGUUAAACCAUGCUAUCAGAAUACGGGCCAAGGAGUUUAAAGUAGAUGGAAUGGACUAUUGAAUGGUUAUUUUCAGAUAAUAUAACACUGAUCACAACCAAAUUUAAGUCUCAUCACUGAUAACUAUUUCAGGACUCAAGGGCCUGUAUUCUGAAUUCGGGUUUAAUUUAAACUCUGGUCUAAAAUUGUGGUUUAAUUAUGGAAAGCCAAUUUAGAGAGGUAUCUCUAACAGUACAAUUUAAAUUUGUCAGUUCUUUUGACACUCAUAUCAUUCAUAAAUGUCUUGGAAUGAUAACUUGAAUAGUUAUUUUCAUCUAUAAAACUUGAGGAAGGAGUCAAGUGCAGAUAAGAAACAUAUAACAUAAAUGCAAUUUUGAAAUUUGGGGCUUCCCAUAAAUUUAGCUCAGAGUUAGACUGUCCAUUGCACUUGUAAACAUUCAUUAUUUGUAUAUUUUAGACAGUUUUGAUUAUCCCUGAAUUCAGAUUAUGAGCCAAGGAGUUGUAAUUCAGUUGACAAAAGACAAUGGAAGGAUGCUUUCCUUGACAGUUAUCCCCGGGGGGGGGGGGGGGGGGGCCACUUCCAUUGACGAGUGGAUACCAUGCGCGACCAUGGGGUCUCGAAAAGCACCCUAAACACGUAUUUUCCAUAUUCUGAAAAUGCACCCCUUAACAAGUAUUGCCGUCUGAAACCCUACCCUUAACAAGUAUUGGAAACAAAACGAUACUCUAGGCAAGUAUUCCCUGAAAUGAACCCCUAAACAAGUACAGCGAUAUUGUGUUGUUAUGUCACGGGUCCGUCGGUCGUUGGUUUUACUAAGCUUAAUUUACACACCAUUUGGUUUAGUAUACGGCCCCACCUUCCACACCUCGCGCAAAUCGGACUCUAAACACGUAGUGUUGGGGCAAAAAGAACAUCCUUUAUAAAACAUUUUAAUGUUUUAUCAUCCCCGCAAAUUUGACCCUAAACACGUAGCUUUCCCAGCGAAAUAAAUACCCUUUUUUCAUUAUUAUUGUGUUUUUGACACCCUUAUCACGUUACGUACGUAACGUGCCCUAUCUUGAAAAAGACAUCCUUUUUACGUGUUUUUUGGGUCGUGCAUGGUAUAUACUCGUCAAUGUAAGUGCCAACCCCCCCCCCCCCCCCCCCCCGGGCAGUUACCGUCCACACUCUCUUGUCAAAACUAUGUACACUUACCAAUAUUAUCUUGCCAAAUGAUGAAUGCAAUCAUGAUUCAUUUAUGAAUUUAAGGAAUAUUAUCAUGACAGUAAAUUUCAAAGAAGCCAUUCACCAUACAAACUCUUCCUUAUCAGAGCUAUGUUGAACUGAAACACACCCAGUUGUUCUUCGUUUGCAUUUGCUACAGAUAUCCUACGAUGGAUUAGGGUAGAAUUGUAAUGAAAGAUCAUUUUCCUUUGAUAAAUUCUGAUAUAAUGUUCCCGAAAUAUACUUGAUAUAGAAUUAUAAAGAUAUCAGAUCCUAUAAUAUGUCAUCUGACAUCUGCGAGAAAAUAAAUUUCUGAGAAUCUCAUUUUUUAGAGAAUAA